AACCAUCCCCUGCCGCAGCGUCUGACGUCCCCGCGCAGGGGCACCAGCAGCACCUGCAGCAGCACCGCCGCUGUCACGGAUCCGGGCCGCCUGGUAGAGGAGUGGAAGUGCAGACAUGACCCUGCAGUGGGCAGCAGUUGCAAGCUUUCUCUAUGCCGAAAUAGGACUCAUUUUAAUCCUCUGCCUACCGUUUAUUCCUCCUCAGAGAUGGCAGAAGAUUUUCACAUUCUCACUCUGGGGUAAAAUCGCAACUUACUGGAAUAAGGCAUUCCUUACAAUUAUUGUCCUGUUGAUUGUUCUGUUUCUUGAUGCUGUGAGAGAAGUGAAGAAGUACUCUAUAAGUCAUGGGCUUGAAAAGAGUUCAAGCAGCAAUCCUAGUGCUUAUGAACAUGUACAGAUGAAACUUUUUAGAGCGCAAAGGAAUCUUUACAUUUCUGGAUUUUCCUUAUUUCUGUGGCUUGUAUUGCGACGUCUGGUUACACUCAUUACUCAGCUGGCCAAAGAAUUGGGAAUCAAAGGAGUGCUGAAAAUUCAAGCAGACAGUAACAAUGAUGCUGCCAAGAAAUACAUGGAAGAGAAUGAAAAACUAAAACAGGCCUUGGAGAAAACUGGCAAGGGGGAUGAGCAGAUGACAGAUGCAGAAAACAAAAAACUAAUGGAAAAUGUGGAAAAACUGAAAGCUGAAUUAAAGAAGACUUCAGACGCCCUUUCUAAGGCCCACAAUGAAGUGACCUCAAUGAAGAAGCAAUCUGAGAGUCUUUCAAAGGAAUAUGACCGCCUUCUGAAAGAGCACACACAACUUCAGGAAAUUUUAGCAAAGAGUGAAAAGAAAAAAGACCUCUGAAAGAAGAUUUGGAUGUGGCAAAUUGAUGCCAUCUGUAUUGAGAUGGUGAAUUGAUUUAACAAGGUUGGCCUCUGUGGCCUUUAAAAUGAAAUGAAAUUUUAAGAAACAAUGCACUGUUCAUCACUAGCCAAUCAUAGCUCUUGAAUGCCAUAUAUGUCUCCUGUGUUGCAAUGGCGAUGUCAAUAAUGUAUGCUAUAUUUGGUUUUGUGUCAGAUCUACUGUGAAAUCUAUACUCUAGCUCCUGCAGAGGGAAAAAAAGAAGCCUCUUAAGCACAAUCAUUACAUAACAAACAAAAAAAAAGAACGAAAAGAAAGGAAAGGUAUCAGACUAUGGCUUCUAUCAUCUAACUGAAUAUUUAAGUUGUAUAGGACUAGACUUGAAAAAACUGAUGUCAUAUCAGUGAAGAAAAAAAUACAUUUAACUAAAUUAUUAUUCCUAUUGUAAUUUAGAAAUGGUACUUAGUAUCAGGAAAUGUUUUUCAUAAGAAGAAUAGGUACGGAUGAUCUUCAUCAGCCAUUAUGUUUUUUAUAUGCUGGGAUCUGAAAAAAAAAUCUUAUUAAAAUGAGGCUGAGGUUAUUUUUUUAAAUUGUCAUUGUGGGUCAUAUUCGCACAUCAGCUAUAUUGACAGCUAUGUUUUGCUCAUUGGGUUUCUGCAUGGACUUAGUUGUUUUUCUUAGAGAUUUCAGUUAUUAAAAUAUAAUUAAUAAAAAUGUUGGCUUCUCAAA